CUCUUGGAACGACCGUAAAAUAAUUCCGACCUUCUCUCCUUGGGUGAAGGUUCUCUUCGGUUACUCAGUUGCAUUAUCUCUCAACUGCUUCUUUACGUUACAGUUACAAUGUCUGGCCGUGUUCUUGUUGGUGUUAAGCGAGUCAUUGACUACGCAGUUAAGAUUCGUGUGAAGCCAGAUAACAGUGGGGUUGUGACGGAUGGCGUUAAGCACUCAAUGAACCCCUUCUGUGAGAUCGCUGUAGAGGAGGCGGUUAAGCUCAAGGAAAAGAAGCUCAUUAAGGAGGUUGUAGCUGUCAGCUGCGGCCCACAGCAAUCACAGGAGACCAUCCGUACUGCUCUUGCCAUGGGGGCUGACCGAGGCAUUCAUGUAGAAGUAAGCGGAAAAGACUAUGAAGCAUUGGGCCCUCUGCAAGUGUCCAAGAUCCUGGCUGCUUUGGCUAAAAAGGAAGAGGCCCAACUGGUUAUACUUGGCAAACAGGCCAUCGACGAUGACUGCAAUCAAACUGGACAGAUGACAGCAGCCUUACUGGACUGGCCUCAGGGUACAUUUGCAUCAGAGGUGUCACUGGAAGGAGACAAGGUUAAAGUGGUGAGAGAAAUCGAUGGUGGCCUGGAAACUAUAAAGAUAAACACACCUGCUGUAUUGACUGCAGAUCUUCGACUCAACACUCCAAGAUAUGCUACCCUUCCCAAUAUCAUGAAAGCUAAAAAAAAGAAGGUAGUAAACAUGAAACCUGCAGACUUGGGGGUGGACGUCGCAACACGGCUGGAGGUGUUGAGAGUGGAUGAGCCCCCACAGCGGCAGGCUGGGGUGAAAGUGGAGACGGUGGAGGACCUGGUGGGCAAACUUAAGGAGACAGGGAGAAUAUAGACUCUUGAGUAGCAUAAGCAGAAGAAUGAACUCAGCAGAAGGGACUCUGAGGAAUAACUGGACUGCAUUAUAUGAGCACAUUAAGGAGACUAGUUUAUGGAUUCAUCUAAUCCCUCUGUGACUACAGCUCGUUUGGAGAGGAGUACUGAGAAACAUCCUCCUGCAGAACCAGACUGCCACAAGAAGGACAUUGCUGCCUUUAUGUGCAUUCUAAUGAGUUCAUCUGUAUCAUAGGCUACUAAUUUAACUUUAGAUGAGAAGUUUGAAAUACUUUGAACCCAGAAACAUCACGCUGUUUGUUUGUAUUGCACUGUACAUUUAAUCUGUUUCACUGAUCAGCCUCAGUUGUUCAAUGCUUUAAUUUUUAAUUACACAGUCACACGGGUGCAGACUUUUAAAAUGAUUCAUGUAAAUGUGGACCCAAACAUGUUGAGAUGAGUUCACGGUUGGUGUUAUCAUUUUGACUUGUAAUUUGUAUAGCUUGAUUUUAACUGGGUUUCAAUACUUUACCUACAGUAGAUGGUGUAUCUCAGUUUGAGCAAAAGAAGAUGAUCCAAUGGAAAUUGUACCAUAAAUGCCUCAGCUCUCUGUUGAUUGUACAGAACAUUACAGUUACAAUAAAGCGGCCAGUCAUUUCAUACAUAA